UAGGCGCUCUGCCCAGCUACGGAGCUGUUCUCUAUGGUCCCCGUUGACAGCCAGUGAGGGCGGAAGUGCGCAGUGUCCAUGGAGAUGGUGAAGAUGUCGGCUGCGGGGUAUUGUGGUGAGACCUCCAACGGCCUAUCUGUGACCACCAGCCUGUCGUGGCUGCCGGACAGCGUGCUCCUGGAGGUGCUCAGCUUCCUGUCAGUGCGGGAUCUCAUCCGUAGCGGCCGGCUGUGGGUUCUUCUGCCCAGAUGUGUUCCCUUGCCUGACUCUAAUGCAGCGUAACAGGAAAAGAAGUGUCUACAUCCUCUUGGGACCCAGGUGGAAGAGCCCACAGCCCACGCGAAUACAGCAGAAUCGGCAGCAUCAGCAGUACAAAGUAGGGGUCUGCAAAAGGUGGAAGAGGCUGGUGCUGGACAAGUCCUUAUGGAGAUAUGUCGAUCUGACUCCAUACAAGCUGAAUUCAAAGAUCUUGUGGCAUCUGUUGAGGCAUUGGAUUGGAACCAGCCUGCAAACCUUCAAACUAAAGGGUCUCUUAAAUUCAGUGAAGAAACAGGAGUUCCUUACUCCAGCUAUUCUUCAGGUCCUGGAAAAGCGUUACCCUAGCCUGGAACACCUCCACCUCCAGGAAACAAACCUCCGCUCCCUUAGCUAUGACUGUUUACCGUCCACCUUGAAGACGCUCGAGCUGUCAGAAUGCGAGAUCCCUCUAACCUGGUUCAAAUCUUCCACCAGUAAAACCAAAGGUUUCCUAAAACUGGAGAAUCUCGUUCUGAACAAAGUGUCUUCUUUCUCCAACCAUCACUUGGAGACCAUUUGCAGUCAGUCGAGCCUAAAGACCCUCUGCCUGUGUGGCACCUACAGAGUUAAUGACAUUGGGAUUCAGAAAGCUGUUCCUUACCUUAAAGGAUUAGAGCACUUCAAGUUGAAAGAAUGCAACAUAACCAAUAUCACCCUGCACUUAAUCGGCUGUCACUUGAAGAAUCUCCGGACCUUAGCUCUCCUAGGGUUUCGCGAGUUCACUGAUACAGGACUUCGCUGUGUAUCUGGUGUUAAGACACUGGAGAAGCUGUGGUUAGACGACUGCUUUGGCUUCUCUUCCAGGACUAUCAUUGCUGUUUGUGUCAGCCUUCCUGUUCUAAACUGUCUGGGCCUCAACGAGAUGUUUUUCGAAUGCCAAGGAAUAGAUAAAAUACGGAAAAGUCUCCCACACUGUAUAGUUACCAAUGCUUUCUCCAAUAUGGAUAAUGUACCCAAAAAUGGCUCAACUGGCAUAGUUUAGAAGGUCUCAGAGCUUUGCUCCGAUCUUCUUUACUACCGGUGUAAUACAGGACAAUGGCGGUAGGUGCCUAUAGCUGCUUCUCUCCUCCAUCUUCUGUGCACAUAUUACUUUCUCUAUCAUGUAAACCUUCCUGUAUGAGAUACAUACAGAAAUAUAUUCUGAAAUGCUGUGCAUGGUCUAAUGGGAGUUUUAGAUGUUGGUCUAGGCCUUUUUUUUAUCUCAUGAGUACCGUCUGUGUUGGAAACCCCUUAAAUUUUGUUCCUGGGACAACUUCUUUGGUCCCUGGGAAAAUUUUAGCCAGGCCAAGGAGCCAGGAACGACAUCAUGUAGAGCUGAAUUGAUACAACAUGGCUUAGGAGAGAUUGACUCACACUUAAAAGGAAAGCAACCAGCAGGGAACAUGAGUCUGGUCUGAGACUAUCCAUUUAGUAGUUACAGCUUAUUGGUACAAAAUUGUUUCCUGAGUCCUAAUACCUGGAAACAUCAAUAGUCGUUGCAGGCAUCCUCCACUUGAGCAGUAGUCUCCGUAGACCCUCUUUAUGCCCAGUGUUUCCAGCAGUCCCCUUAUUUCUCCAGUAGCCACACCAGGACUCUCGCCAUCCGCGAUCUCUCCGCGAUUGCUGCCUUCUCCUGUAUGUAGGUUCCUGUAUUUGUGUCUUUGGCUUAGAUAAGGUCUACACAUCGAGCCAUCAAAGCAGCUCUCUGACAGAUUCAUUGUGAAGCAGAAAGCAACAGUCUGUUUGUUUAAAACUGUAGAGUUCAAUAAAAAAUAAAAAAAAGACCAAUUGAAGAUAAAUAUUUGUAGCACAAUGGGUAGAACAUAGUAAUAAAAAAAUUCCCCCAAAGGUGUUCAUAGCCCUUUAAAGCAGCUCUCUGAUGGAUUCAAAGUGAAGUAGCAGUCUGAGAAAGUGAAAGCUGCAGAGGAAAAACUGUUGAAAAUUUUUGAUAAAGACCAAUUGAAAAAAUGUUUUUUAACCUAAAAUAAAUAGAAGGCAAUGAUAAAAAAAAAAAAAAAAAAAGUUGUCCCUGAAGGUGUCCAUAGCCUUUAAAUAAUCAGUAAAAAAACAAACAAAAAAACACUGCAACACAGAAACAUGUAGAACAUACGACAAACAUUUGUAAUGCUCUUUUCUUACACAAGGGACUCAAAAGAGCAGGGUUGGUUAUGGAGCAGAAGAGUCUCUGGCUGCCAUAUAGUUGUUCAUCCCCAAAACCAAUUUACACUCUACUCAUUUUAACUAGGUUUUUUGAGAUUUAUGCCACAACAAGUGGCAUAAAACAACCAAGAACCAGUACUUGCCCAUUAAAUCCCCCUCCCAUUCGGCAUUACUGCUCUCGUGGUCCCUACCAGUCUGUUUACUUUGCUGCAGGGACAAUGUGCCUCUAUUCCCACAUGACUGCUGCAGCCAAUCACUGACCUCGGUGGUGUACACUGCUGAGGCCAGUGACUGGCUGUAGUGGUCACGUUGAUAAAUGGAGAAGUCCGAUGGUAAGCUUAUUCUUCGCAAUUAAGUGAUGCCGCCAUGUUGCUGCUUCUCACGAACUGGAGACCCCAAGAAAAAUCCAGUUUAAAAAAACUUUUGUGUUCCACUGUCCCCAGGAAAAAAAAAAUCUUCACUUUUUGCACAGCUAGUGAAUGCCGAAUGGUCGGACGUUAGUCAAACUCUGCACAUAAUCCUGGCCAUAUACUACCCCUCAAUCGUAAUCUAACAAUGUGGUCAUGUUACUGAAAUUCUAUUGAAUAUAAAUAUAAAUUUCAUGUGUAGUGUAGGGCUUCCUGCAGCCUACCAGAACCUUUGAUGAAAAUUUUGCAUCUCGUGAACUCUCCUUCCAUGCAGAUAUUAGUCUUUCAUCUGGACAUGUCUGGUACUAUAAAUUCAGUCCCACUCUGCCUGCUUAAAAAAAAUUAAAGGAUCCCUUUGUUCCGCUGAUUAGCAGGUUCCUAGGAGUAGGACCUCCACUGAUCGAGUGUUAAUGUCCUGUCUUUUGGAUAAGCCAUUGAUAUGAAAGUCAUGGAAAAGGACAAUUGGUGGGACUCCCUCUACGGUUACACAGAUGACCUCUGGUCAUGUAUGGAAUUUGUAGAAGCAGGAUCUAGUCUCCUUUUACUAUAGUAGAAGAUAAAUCAAAGGUAUGAUGACCCUCAAGUCUCAUGUACAUGACUGGACUACAAAGCCAUAGGCACUCUAUGUGCCAGUAUGUGGGGCCUCUGUAAAGUGUCCUAUACGGGUAUCCAGUGGAGCAUGCCAAGUUUUAUUUUCCUGUCAGAUUCGUAUGGGACCAGACAGAAAAUGAUUCCGUAUGCUCCCAUAUGAAAUUAGCCAUGGAGAGGUACUGUAGGGCCCUAUAGAAUUUAGAUAUUUUUUUGGGGCACCAUAUUAUGAAGCCAUAAUACAAUAGCAUGAAUGAGGUCUAAAGAUGAUAGAUUAUGGUUUUCUUCUUGGUUAUGGUAUAUACCAAGUGAUGACCUGGCACAUGGUGCGUCUGUAUUUCAUACCCAUCAAGGGUGUGCCAUCUGUUUCUUCUGCUUGUUUGUGAUACGUGUAAGGUUUGUCUUAUAUUUAUUGUGUAUGUAUUAUUUUUGGAUAAUAUAAUGCUAUUUAGCACCUGCUAGAAACACUGUGGUGGUAACCAUCAGCGUCCCCAAGUAUGUCGUGCUGACUUAAUUUAACUUUCUAGCCUGGCAUAUGGUGGCUUGCGUUUAGAGAAACCAAACUAAUGCACUUUCAUGUGAUUUCCCCCCCCCCUCGCAUUUUUAAUGGGUGCAAAAUCAUCUAGUAUAUAAAUGAGCUUUUUCAAAGAUGCGUAUAAAGAAGACAUUUCCAAAAUGGAUUAGCGGUGAAAAUCUUUUGUCAGGGUUGGUUUAGACAGAGGACUUUGGGAGCAGGUUUUAGCACGGAUUUGGUGACGAAAACCGGGCCAAAUCUGCUCUGAAACUAUCUCCCAUCCUCCUGUGGCCGAGAGUUUUUGUCGCACAGUUUGUACAGGUCCAUUUUUGGUGUGGUUAUCAUGCGGACCCCUCAUGAAGACUCAGCAGGAGCCUGCUCACAGUUUAGCUCAGUUCAAUGGAGUUAAACUUAGAGCGUGUCCGCAUGAAAACCCAAGGCACACACCACAGCACAGCAGUUUUUGUCAUGGGACAUGCAGAGAAUUAUGUUGUGGAGAAAAUCCUCCAUGUAAACCUACCCUCAAAGUAGGCAAGGCUGUGGAUUCUGUACCAACUCCGACUCCAGCUUAAAAAAUGUAUUCUCUUUUAUUAAUAUUGUACAAUUUAUUUAUUAACUUUCAUAUAACUUUAGAAACGUUUGGAAAUGUUAGUCAUAAUUUAUAUUUUUGUUCUGUCAAUCUAAGGCCCUUAUUUAUAAAAAAAAAACAUAAGAAAAAUCAGUUCUCACCACCUGCCGUCACCUCUCCUGUGUUCUCUCCUGCCCAUGUACUAUAAACAGUGAUAAGCAGGGUGUUCUAUUGGGGAUAGAUAAUCAGUUCUCACCUCUCCUGUGUACAAACCUGUCCUUGUACUAUAUACAGUGAGAAGCAGGGUGUUCUAUUGGGGAUAGAUAAUCAGUUCUCACCUCUCCUGUGUACAAACCUGUCCUUGUACUAUAUACAGUGAGAAGCAGGGUGUUCUAUUGGGGAUAGAUAAUCAGUUCUCACCUCUCCUGUGUACAAACCUGGCCCUUAUACAGUGAAGAACAGAAGUAUUUGAACACCCUGCGUUUUUGCAAGUUCUCCCACUUAGAAAUCAUGGAGGGGUCUGAAAUUCACAUUGUAGGUGCAUUCCCACUCUGAAAGACUGAAUUAAA